GCACACAUUAGCACAGCAAAUUGGGCCUGUUUGGCAGCCUCCGGGCCCCUGGGAGGGACCCAAGUCCAGCACUGCCUGAACCGUCUGCUUCCGGGAUGCCCUGAAUCUCCAGAAGGACCCAUCCAGGCUCAGCUCCCAGACACCAAACCCACCAGUGGCCAAGCCUUCGGAUGGUCCCCAGCCCUAGAGUCUUCCCAGCCGAGGUCUCAGUCAUUGGGAAGUAGAGGCACCAAGAAGAGCCCGGAAAAGAGCGGAAGGUGGGGCCAGCUCCAAUGUGUUCUCCAUGUUUGAUCAGUCCCAGAUCCAGGAGUUCAAAGAGGCUUUCACCAUCAUGGACCAGAACCGGGAUGGCUUCAUCGACAAGGAGGACCUAAGGGACACCUUUGCUGCCCUGGGCCGAAUCAACGUGAAGAACGAGGAGCUGGACAUCAUGGUGAAGGAGGCCCCUGGGCCCAUCAACUUCACUGUUUUUCUGACCAUGUUUGGGGAGAAGCUGAAAGGUACGGACCCGGAGGAGACUAUUCUCCAUGCCUUUAAGGUGUUCGACACGGAAGGGAAAGGCUUCAUCAAAGCUGAUUUCAUUAAAGAGAAGCUCAUGACUCAGGCAGACCGGUUCAGUGAGGAGGAGAUCAAGCAGAUGUUUGCGGCUUUCCCACCAGAUGUGUGUGGCAACCUGGACUACAGGAACCUGUGCUAUGUCAUCACGCAUGGCGAAGAGAAGGACUAGGAGACCAACGAUCUCCCCCCAAUCACAGGCAGCAAACCUUGGGAGGGGGGGUGACUGCCAGGGAGCCCCUGCAGCCAGUGUGUGCAAAGAAAAGGCUCCCCUUGCCCCAUGGGUUGGGGGCUAAGCAAGAAUAAAUAAUGCUA